CAGUGUCUCUUUGUAACUUGUUAAAACCCCUGGGUUUAUUUGGCUACAGUUCACAUUAACAAUGCAGAUGAAUGUGUAGGAUAAACCAUUCUCCUACAAGAUGAGUAACAGUCACCCACUCCGUCCUUACACAGCAGUAGGUGAAAUUGACCAUGUUCAUAUUCUGUCCGAUCAUGUUGGUGUUCUGAUGAAUGGGGAGGAGUACAGCGAUGUUACCUUUAUAGUGGAAAAGAAACGUUUUCCUGCACACAGAGUGAUUCUGGCAGCGAGAUGCCAGUAUUUCAGAGCAUUGUUAUAUGGUGGAAUGCGUGAAUCUCAGCCUGAAGCAGAAAUCCCUCUCCAAGAUACCACUGCAGAGGCCUUUACAAUGUUGUUAAAAUAUAUUUACACAGGCCGUGCAACAUUAAGAGAUGAGAAGGAGGAGGUCCUUUUAGAUUUCUUGAGUUUGGCACAUAAAUAUGGAUUCCCAGAACUGGAGGAUUCUACCUCUGAGUAUCUUUGCACCAUCCUAAACAUUCAGAAUGUUUGCAUGACCUACGAUGUUGCUAGUCUCUACUUGCUUCCCAAGCUGACAUGUAUGUGCUACAUGUUUAUGGAUAGGAAUGCUCAAGAGGUGCUCUCCAGUGAAGGUUUUCUGUCGCUUUCUAAGCCAGCUCUUCUCAGCAUUGUACUGAGGGAUUCAUUUGCAGCUCCUGAGAAGGAUAUUUUCCAAGCCUUGAUGAACUGGUGUAAACACAACCCCAAGGAAAAUCAUGCUGAAAUUAUGCAGGCAGUGCGCUUGCCACUGAUGAGUUUGACAGAGCUUUUAAACGUUGUAAGGCCUUCUGGAUUGCUAUCGCCUGAUGCCAUUUUGGAUGCCAUUAAAAUUCGAUCGGAAAGUCGAGACAUGGACCUCAACUAUAGGGGCAUGUUAAUACCAGGUGAAAACAUUGCCACUAUGAAAUAUGGAGCCCAAGUGGUUAAAGGGGAAUUGAAAUCUGCUUUGUUAGAUGGAGAUACGCAGAACUAUGAUUUGGAUCAUGGAUUUUCCCGACAUCCCAUUGAUGAUGACUGCCGGUCUGGUAUUGAAAUUAAAUUGGGUCAGCCAUCAAUAAUCAACCAUAUACGAAUACUACUAUGGGAUCGUGAUAGUAGGUCUUACUCCUAUUAUAUUGAGGUAUCCAUGGAUGAGCUAGACUGGAUUCGUGUAAUCGAUCACUCCAAAUACCUCUGUCGAUCUUGGCAAAAGCUGUAUUUUCCUGCCCGUGUUUGCAGGUAUAUCAGAAUAGUUGGAACGCACAACACAGUAAACAAAGUUUUCCACAUCGUGGCUUUUGAAUGCAUGUUCACCAACAAAACCUUUACUCUUGAGAAAGGCCUGAUAGUUCCCGCUGAGAAUGUUGCAACCGUUGCAGACUGUGCCAGCGUGAUUGAGGGUGUAAGCCGUAGUCGCAAUGCUUUGUUGAAUGGAGACACAAAGAAUUACGACUGGGAUUCUGGGUAUACGUGCCAUCAGCUAGGCAGUGGUGCUAUCGUAGUACAGCUGGCACAGCCUUACAUGAUUGGGUCAAUUCGGUUACUUCUCUGGGAUUGUGAUGACAGGAGCUACAGCUAUUACAUUGAAGUUUCUACAAACCAGCAGCAAUGGACCAUGGUGGCUGACAGAACAAAAGUUUCCUGCAAAUCUUGGCAAGUAAUAACUUUGGACAGACAAGCAGCGUCUUUUAUCAGAAUUGUUGGAACUCACAACACGGCUAAUGAGGUGUUUCAUUGUGUGCAUUUUGAGUGUCCAGCCCAAACAGCUGCCCACAAAGAUGAGGCUGGUGAGGAAGAUGUCAGCAUAGGCGGACAGCAGCUGGCAUCUCGCACUCCACGAGCUUCAAGCACCAGCUCUGUGCACUCCCUCCCAGGAUCUACUUCACACUCAUAAGCUCGACCACCAUACAAGAGAAUGGAGAAGAUCAUUUGCAACCCCAGUGCUAUGAUAAAAUUGUUCACCAUCUUCUUGUGAAGGCACGUCUUCGUUCUCUGAAUGGACAGAGGGGACCAUACCUGGCAGCUGGAGAUAUUCAGAUGGAAAAAAGGCUGCCCUAAGACACAGUGGGCUGCUUCACACUUUCCAUUUUGUUAAAAUCAGGGGAGAAAAUAGCUUUCGGUUUUCAUCAAGUCUCCUAUUUACACCUUACCUCUUUAAACAAACCAAAUCAGGUUGAGCUGAAGGAAAUUAAAAAGCCAAGCCAAACUGUAAUAUAAAGAUGCCAUGUGAACAGUACGGAAAAGACAUAAUUAUAUGUGCCUGCAGAAGGCACCUGCUAGGAAAUGGAUCUUCCCCAUGAAUGUUUAUGAAAAUAUUCUAUGGAAACCAAUAUUUUUAUUUAAUUUAUUCUUAAUUCAUAUUUCUUUAUUAGUUGUAAGCCAUUUUCGAACUCCGUGUGUAUAUAUUUCCAUUUUUUGUUGAACCCAUUGCUUAUCAUGUUAUAUCAGAUAGAUCUUCUUGGUACAGGCAGGCAUGUGAUAAUCUCACUCCAUUAUUCUAUUUGACAAGGAAACUCCUUAAGGUGGUCAUGCAUAAAACAAUUCAGUCCAAGAAUGCUGUAUUGGAAUUCUGACUACUUCACACAAGUAACAAAAUUGACACUUUUUACUUCUGUGCAAAACUGGUUGGGUUGUUCUUAUCCGGAGAAACAAGUAUUGCCCUUUUAACAAUUAUGCGACUGAACCCUAAUGAUUAAGAACUAUAGAUAUCCAACAUUUCAGCUAAAUUUGGUAUUGAUCAGAGAUGGGAGAGCUAUGCUGGCAAUUUAAUUCUAAAACAUUUGCUUUUUUAAAAAUAGAUCAUAUUAUUCCAUUAGGAAUUUAAAGAAAACUCUUCUGAGAAGCUUUUCACAUCACCUCCAUGAAUUCGGUUUGAUUUUUAUAGUUAGAUUUGGUUUGUGUUUUAAGAAAUUUACAUCCUAGCAGCAGCUAUCCUUUGUAUAAUCAGAUUAUUGGAUUAAUUAUUCUGAUUGUGUUCACAUGCAGCAUUCCCCACAUUCACUUGUUUCAUGUCCUGCUGGAUUAGCCAGAGUAAAGGGGGCUACGCAUUUACACACAAAAUAUUGAUGCCAUUCACCCUUCUAAUUAUGAAAAACAUGCAUUUGCCACGGUAUGUGAAAAAUAUUAUUGUCAACUUGUUGUUUUUUAAAAAAUUGGUGUAAAACAGUUUGGUGCAAAUUGUUUGUUUUGCCUAUGGUAUCCUAUAAAUAGCAUUGUUAUCA